UAUUUAUUUUUCUAUGCCUGUAAUGUUUACAAUAAAAUUUGUGAAACUAAGAAAAAUCUACUAAAGAACGAAAUGAAUUUAAGUAAUAAAGGUUGUCGUAUUUGUCUUAAGGGCAAGGUAUUAUUAAACUGGAACGAAGAAUUUGACGACAUAUCUGGUAUGACCUACAGAGAUUGUUACUACAAAUACACAGAACUGCAGUCAAUUGAUUCAGAUCCUUUGCCACCGAAUUUAUGCAGAACAUGUUGUAGAGGUCUUAAAAAUGCGUACCUAUUAUUUCAAAAAGCUAUAGAAUCAUUUAAUAUACUACAUAAUACUCUUAAAACUCCUGAAUUAAAACCAAUAUCAUGUGUGAAGAAGGAAAUAUCAAUGGAAUUUGAACAUAAGAUAUUGGGCGAUUAUAAUUUAGAUAAUUUAAUUAAUGAAGAUACUAUUAAGGAUAAAAACCUGGAAGAAGAAGAAGUGUCCAAUUCUAUAAAUUAUGACAGUAAUAACGAAAUGUCUUCACAAAAUGAAGAAGAAAUAGCACCAGUAGAUUUUAUUGACAUAAAAAAUUAUGAAUCAUCAGCGGAAGACUUAUUGGAGGAAAGGACAAAUGCAGAUUCUAAUACAGAAUCUGCUAUGGGCUCAACAAGUAAAAAGGCUGUCAAAAGUAAAAAACAGAAAUUAUACAUGUGUGCAUAUUGUUCUUUAAAAGUCGAACACAAAAAUAUUCUAAUAAGGCAUGAAGCAAUACACAACAAAAAUAGACAGCGCACUGAAACCUGUCCUCAUUGUGAACUUAAAUUUUACAAUAAAUUGGGUUUAAAUAAUCACAUCAAAAUACAUGAUGUAAAUCGCGAAAAGAGAUUUAAGUGUGAAUUUUGUGAUAAAGCCUUUUUUAACCGAGGUGGACUUAAUGUUCAUAGGCGUGUACAUCUGGGUCAAAUGGUAGCUUGCAAACUUUGUCCAAAAGAAUUCUAUAGACAAAUUGAUUUAGACAGACAUCUGUUGGGACAUUCAGCAGGUCCUCUGCAAACAAAAGUUUCAAAGGUAAAAUACGUAGUACAAUGUCAAUAUUGUGAUAAGUCGGUUGACUCUGCAAAAUGGAAACAACAUAAAGCAGCUCAUUUGGGUCAACCUCAGGUGAAAUGUAAAAUUUGCGAAAAAACAUUCUUUGCCAAGAAAAAUUGCACUAAACAUUUAAAACAGGUACAUCAGAAAACCAGGGAUGAAUAUGAACAAUUUAUACAUUACUUUGUUGAUUAUACUCAAAGAAUGUCGCAUUUGAUGAUUCAACAACAAGAAAAAGUACAAUUAGUUAUGAAAUAAAUAUUCGAAAGAUAAAAUAAAA